AUGUCUACGGUUUUGCCGGGCACGGCGACCACUUCGGCGGCCGCUGCACCCGCCCCAGCCGUGGUCAGCGAUAACGGCGGCGGCGGCACGGAUCACCGGCCGCCGGAUGUUGUGGCAGCUGGCGUCAGUAGGCCGGGCAACAGUGCCAGCGGUGGUGGACGGCAUGUGAGCUUGCCGCAUGUCGAUUCUCGCCCACGCCGCCAGGAAAUGAUGAACAGGCCAUCGGCCAAGGAGUUGGUGGUGCACCAGCAGCGCCAGCAAAACUCCGGCAGGCCCAGCAGUUCGGCCGCGUCGGGGACAGCCGAGAGGGGACACCAUCGGACACCCGGCGGCGGACGACGGUCGCCGGUGGUGUACGGGGGCGCGGGCGGUGGAAGCGGUGGCGGUAGCGUUGGCCUCGUCAGCGGCGGUGGCGGGUUCAAGAGCAAGUUGCGGAACUCGUUCAGAUCGACCGCCAAGAGAAUCCGGCAACAGCAGACCGCCAUCGACGCACUGGCCAAAAACAGCCAAGUGCUCGGGCUGCAUAAUCUCCAGGAGAGCCCCAGGACGAUGGCUGCACAAAGGACCGCUGUCCGGGUAAGAGAGUUUUACCAACGAUUACAAGUAUUAUAAUAUAUUGUAGUAUAUUGGUGAAAACCUGUAUAAACGAAUAUUUCAAAUUUUGAACUUCAAAAACCGAUUUCGUUAAAGGUUUAUCGAAAUUUCGACGGGAAAGACGGGGUAGUAAUAUAAAACCGGAGAUUCGGAGGAAGUUCCCAAACGCUGUAAAUCUUGCGAGGAAUUAUCCAUAGAACAUUUUAAAAAAUAUUCGAAAUAGAUUAGGUGGUUUCGUUUUCCGAUACAAAAUAUUUCUCCAAACACAUUUCAAUUUGCAGUUUUAAUUGGUUGUAUUAUUAGUACAUUAAUUUUUUAUUGUUAUCAUUAGCUCGGUCAACUCCCCUCUACGGGUUCCAUCUCAUCUGGACUUAAAACUUACGCUCGUUAAACAUCCGAUCUUAUAUCCGAAAUAAUAUUUCGAAAAUAAAUCUGUUGGCAACUCUGCUGUCAAUCAACAGUUAAUUCCUCCCCUCUGUCUUUUUCGUGAUGAUGUAAUAUAAUAUUUUUACUAUUCUAUGUCUUUUUUUGAGGUCCCGGCACUAACGGUCCAAAAAGGUUUUUUAUAUAUUAACUAAAUUUACCAGACAUACAUGUAUAUGUCUUUCCAAAAUAAUUUAUAUAAUUAUUAAUGAUUUGUGUGAUUCUUAACAAACUGAAUAAUUUAUGUUUUCUAUAUAAGUUUUUGAAAGUACCAUCCUAACAAACCGGUGUUGUAUUAAAUGCUCAUCUAUAGGUACUGCGGAAUUCGCAUAUAGCAAGUAUUGCGUUUGCUGUUGAAAAAAAUAAAUAAAGUCGAGAUAAAAAUUUAAAAAACAGUAACAAUAAUAUUGCCUAUAGAUUUUUUUUUUUUUUCUACAAAACUAGAUACCUUAAGUCCAAUAGUAAAAAUAAAAUAAUAAUAAUUCACAACUAACAUUCUAAAAACCUGUGAUGCCCAACUGGCGUGUGGUAUGCGCAUACAAAUUAUCAUUUUCAGAGGCAGGUCGGAUUAUUUCUGUUCCGAUAUUUUGAAUAUUUUUCUGGUUUAUGGGAUAAUAAAUAACGGCUAUAAUUAAUAUACUUCAAGGUAAAGUUUAUAAUACGUAAUAUGUAUCAUUUACAAGGAAACGUCUAAAAUCGCAAUUAAAUAUAAAUUAUGAUUAGAUUACAGAGAAUUUGUGAAAAGAUGAAAAAAAAAUCCUAUAUUUCGGAGAGAUUACAACCAUUCCGCAGGUGCUGCUAUUGGUCGGUAUAAAAACAAAAGUUUGGACACCACUGGUUGAAGAUAGUUUUUAAAGCUGCUCGUCAACCGAAUGACACAAGGUUUCGUCCGGAAGGCAAUGUACUUCCAUUACUGCUUUUAGGAAUGUCGUCCCGUCUCGAUAGGAAGUGCUGUUCGUUUUUUUUUUCCCUAGGAAGCCAGUCGUCGUGUAACGUUCUGACGAUCCGAACAAUUCGCAUUGUAUAAACGCGGUUGUUUAUAUAGUUGUUUGUCGAUUUUUAUUUUUCCAAUGAAACUCACCCUUAAAAAAUAUCAUUUGUGUAAAACGUAGGUUAUUAUUUGUGCACUAGAAUUCAAAAAAAAAAAAAACCGGACUUAAUACGAGCAUAUAUUUAUGAGAAAAAAACCGUUAUAAACGUAAGCCUGCAUACUGAUGCAUUUAAUGAACAAUCGAGAAAACUACGUGUUUUACGUCCAUGAAAAAUAUAUUCGACUGUUCUGUACGUUGAAAAAACAUGAUUUUUAAAAAGUAUACGAAGUGUGUUAAUUAUAUUUCGAUGUAGCUAUUGAAAUAAUAAUAAAUAAUAUACACAAUAUACAUAUUUAUUUAAUUCCCCACAUUGCGAUCCGCAUAAUAAUUGCUCGGUGGUUAUUUUUUUAAUAGUAAUUAAGUGUAAAUAAAACACAAUUAUUAUAACUUUAUCUUUUAUUAUUAUUACUAUGUUAUAUUGCAUGAGUAAACCCUCAGAGAUUUUAUUGUAAUUGCCCAGACGUCACCGUUCCGCCCGAUGUUGCCCGUUACCAAAAGAAAUAUUAUUAAUUUUAAUAUUUUUUUUUUUUCAUUUUUAGUUUAUACUUUUAAAUUCGGAGUGUAGCGGGAACUAUAUAGGUAUUACGAUAAUGUUAUUUUGUUUUCUGUGAACAACUUAUCUACCAAAAUUCUUGCUCUGAUUUUCAUGUUAGUAUCUUUUCUAAAAGGAAAUUUUACUCGGGUAGUACUUUUUUGAUUUUCCAAGUGGUAUUCAUAAUAAUUGGGAAAAAACUUUAAAAAAACUGGAAAAUGUACGUACAUGUAUCAAAAAAACUUUGCUUCAAUCGUUUUUUGCUGGUUUAUCCUUGCGUAUAUAUAUACAUAUAUAUAAAUUAAAUUCCAACUUUUUACCAACUUUUCACCUACGACAAUAGUCCACCCAUCACUAAGGUAAACCACAAAUAAACAAACUGUGUUAGCUUCUCUUUAGAGGUUAAGUUCGCGGAAAGAAUCUUAGUCUAAAACUACUUUUAUGUGACGUUUUAGAUUCAAUUCAAUCAGUAGUUUUGACAUAAAAGGGUAACAUACAUACAUCCAUCCAUACAAACAAACCUUACCUAACCGUAGCAUUUAAAAUACGAAUAGGAUAAUGUGCGUAGGUCUGUAUUACUUACUGACUCGGUCCUUCUGGUCCGGUAGAGUCGUAUUAGAGGAAAAAAUAUGAUGUAGUGUACCACUUGACUUCAUCGGAUUGAUUAAUAGACAACAAUAUAAUAUUAUUACUUCAAAUUUAAAUCAAAAAAUGAAUUUUGUAAUAUUUUAAUUGAAACAAGUAAAAUAUUUCUGAUAGAAAAGUUAUAAUACACAAAGAUACAGAUAUAUAAAUAAAAAUAUAUAAAUUAAUAAAUAAACACGUAUAAUAGUAACAUAUUUCUCGUUAAGUUCAGAAUAUUAUAUAAAACAAAUUAAAAAUUCUAAUAUUUUAUUUUAUUAAGCAGCCUGAUGUAGUUUCUUUUCAGCUUAAAAUGUAUUUAAAAAAAAAUGGGUUUCGAUGAUAGAUUGAAAUAUCCAUAACAAUCCAUUCGAAUUAAUAAAUAAUACUUAAUCUACCUUAUCAAAAAUCCGGAUACUAAAAUUAUUGGUUUGCUUGAUAAUAUUAUGUAUAUCUUAAUUAUACUUUUCAUUAAAUAUGUUAGAAAUUAUAAAAUGUGUUAUAAAAAAUGUACAAAUUCAUAAUAUUAUGUCAUAAAGUAAAAAAAAAAAAACCCAAAAUAUGACAACAUUGUCUACAUUGAAUUUAUUUAGUCAUGAAUAUUGUUAAAGAUAUACACAACAAAUUUAUAAGAUUAAGUUAAAAAUAAAUAUAAUUAGGAACAUUAAUCUGGAUAAAAAAAAUAAUACAUUAAACAUCAUAUAUCGUUCAUACUUUUGUUCUUAAAACAAAGUGUUCAAAGUAUUAGAAGUGUAGAUUUGGUACACAUUAGAUUAUAUAUAAAGUUUUUGUGAUAUUAUGUAAAUUAAUUAAUUAUAAUAAUAAUAAUUCAAAUUGUAUUUAUUUAACCAUAAAUCGAUUAAUAAUAAAGUUAGGUCAAGUUAGUCAUAAUAAGUGACAAAGUGUUACUAUUAAAUAUAUUAACAGGUUAACUGCCAUGUGUACCAUAUAUGGUACACUGUUGUAUUGCCAAGCAAAUUAUAAAUUAUGCCAUGGCAGUUAACCUGUUAAUUACGAUUUAAUGAUAUAAAUUAAAUGAUUCAAUUAUUUAUUUUUGGUAAUAUAGUUCAGAUAAAUUUUCGUUCAUCUAGAUAAGAUAAAAAAUAGAAAUAUACCUAUGUGGAUAAAAAAAAAACCAAAACAAAAUACAACAGUGGUCACAAAACAUAUUAUUUCAACUGAAAUUGUAGCUAUUUUUGCAACCAUCCAAUAAAAAUAAUAUGCAAAAGUAUAAAAAAAUAUCUGCCCUACUAACAAAGUGAAAUGGUUUCGUAUGGAAAAAACACACUUUUCUAAGGAAUCGGCUAUGUACGCCACAGCUAGUGUACAAUAAUAAUAAUUGUGGGUCAUGUCGUUAAAUAAUAUUGAUUUUUUUUUUCUGGACCAUCGUCCGCCGGGGUAAAGAGGAAGAAUAUCCCGCGGCGUUCGUCCGGUUUGCUUUUCUCGUCGUAUUUUUUAAAGCCGUCCGUUACUUUAUACUUUUUUAUUUUUUGUACUUAAAGUCUAGUCAUUGUUUUGAAUAAAUAAUAAGUCAUAAUUAUAUUUUGAUACGCGUCCUAGGAAUUUUCGGAGAGUUAUAUAUUAUAGUAGUUAUUUAGUUUAUCAAUAUACGUUUAACUAAAAAAGAAUCUGACACUACUAUAAUAUUUUAUUGAAUUUUUAAUUUCAAGUUUUUUUUUUUAUUACUAUUUAAUUAUUAUUUUUUUAAUGUAUAUUCGUAUAACUGCACGCAAAUAAAGUCGGAUACCUAUUUCAUUUAAAUUAUAUUUAAAUAAUAAUAUAUGUCUAUAUAUUAUGCUUAUGGAAUCUUAUGAUUUUACUACGAUAUGUUUUUAAUGUGUGUGUUAUUUCCGGCUCUACUCAGAAUAGGUUUUUGUUGGCAAUAGUUUAUCGUCGUUUUCAAGGCCGUGAUAAAGGUGACGGGGUAAUUAGGGCAUUUUUCCCGGGGCACCAAACCUUUUUAAAAUCUAUGGGAUGCACGCCUCAUUAUAAAUCUCGAAAAAAAAAUUAACGAUAUCACUAUUUUUAUUGUGAUUAAUCUUCAAAAUCAUCCCCAAGUAUAAGAAUUUAGGAGGGGACGUUUAAAAAUGAAUACCACUGGACGUCAAUUGACUUAUCACGGUUGCUCUGGUUGCUUCGGUUAAAACGAGUCCAUUAAUUUGUGUUCCCGUGUAAAUUUCUAUUGUAAUUUAAAAUUCACAUUUUUGCCAUAUUAUACAGAAGAGGAAAUAAUUAUCAAAAGUAUGCAAAUAAAUAUUAAUGCGCAUAAUUCUAAAAGUCUUUAAAAAUAUUUUAAAAGACCCGAUGUCGUCAAAAUAUACGAUAAGUAGAAAUUGAAUAAUGAAUAUGUUAAACUCAAUAUUGUAUAAUGAUGUUAUUUAAAAAAUGAGAAAUACGAGUCUGCAGCCAUUAAAAAUACAUAACUCUCAUCAGUAGAACAAUGCACGUAAUCAUUUUACGAUGACUCAUCACUGUCGCUUUGAAUUCAAUUAUUCUAUUUAAAAUAUUAAUUAUAGUACCUACUCCAGAACUCGAAUAUUGCCGCUCGAAGUAUAAUUUCUUAUACAAUAAAAAAUACUUCUCUUAUAAGUAUAAACGGUAAGUGUAUGCCAUGCAGGGGUAAUUGUUAAAACUAAAAAUGAAAAGCGUUUGGAAACUUUUAUAUUAUAUUAGGCAUUUUUUUUCUUCUCAGAAACGAAUCAUUUUCGGUUUGUAAAACUAAUCAUACAACUACUUCGUUAUGAUUUUUGUUAACGUUAUUUUCUUUUAGUCUUUUAGUUUUGUUUUGAAAAUUGUGUUAUCCUUUUUGUAAGAAUUCAAUAAUAUAAAUAACACAAUAUGAUAACACAAUCGAGAGUAAAAUAUUAUAAAACAUAAUUCGUUAAUUAUUACGGUUUUCCGUUUCGAUGAUUUUCGAACACGUCGUUUUCUACAAAAAAAAAAAAAACUUAAAAACCUUGCAUUGCAUCGGUACAGGAUGUCCCACAUUAUACCUGAAAAUAGGCAGUCCUUGUUGUUGUUGUUAUUAUUUUUUUAAUAACGAUAAAAAUAAUUAUUAAAUUGUUCAAAAAACUUAUGACUGGUAUUAUUAUUAUUUUUUUAAAAUUAUUAUUAUUAUUUGUUGAUAAUAAUUUCGAUAACAUGGCAUUUUUAGUUUCAAAGGAUUUUUUUGUGUGUAAGUUAGUGCAUCUGCAGGUUUCAUUCUUUUUUGUAUCCAAUUCUACGAUUUUCACCUCCCGCACACCGUUCUAAAAUCAAUCCAUAGCAACCCACCUUGCUUCAGCACAUGUCCAAUCCAUUAAUUAUUUUUUCUUUUUUCGAUACUUUUCUUCUCCCAUAUUUUUACCAAUACUUCUACGUUGGCCACUACAUAACUGUCCAACAUAUUUUGAAUGUUUUUCUACAGCGCCAAAUCUCAAAAGCUUCUAAUAUCCUUUGUACUAUACAGUGGUAUACUUGAUAAUUAUUUAAGGAGAGAGCCAAUUGCACCCUCUCCCUCUAAAAUACUCCAGUGCUAUUUUAGAAAUCAUCCACGUUUCGCUGUCAUUACAGCAUUAUAAUAUAUACUCCAAUUUUGAACGCUUUUAAAAGUUAUCUGCAGAUAAAAAUAAUAUUAUAAUAAUCGUAAUUACCAUAUUAUCUUGUCGUUGUUGUCAUGCAAUGCAAGACUCGGGUUAUUUUCUGUUAUUUUUUUUUUAUAUUUAAUCGUGUAAAUGUAUACCGUCUCCGUUAUAAUAUUAUUUUAAUAGUAUACCUUAUACGAGCUAAUUUUUAACCUUUUUAAAAUAAAUUAUAAAAAUGAUAAAUAAUUUACGAAUACCGGAAUUCCAUCUCACGGAAAAAACAAAUGUGUCGUAAACACCGCUUUACUAGAAAAAAAACCAGAUUUUAGUAGUCAGAUUAGUUAUUUUUAUCGUAAACAAUAUUGUAUAAUAAUGAUAUAAUGUACACGAACGUUUGAUCGGGAACAGCAGCUGGAGCCACGAGUAGAAUAUAAAUAAAAAAAAAUCGUAAGAGACGGGAAAUAUUCGGAGACGACGUCAUAAAAUAAACAACAAAAAUUAGGUAUAUUCCUAAUAAUAAUAUGUUCGACGGUUAUACAGUAUGAUUAUAUUUUAUCAUGACCCACUGCGAUAUCAUUAUGUAGAAUCGUUUAAGCAUAAUAUUUUAUGAGUUAUACCCAGUGAUGGUUUUGACCAAACUUCAAGGGGGGGGACGAUUUAAAAUAUUCCCAUCCCCUAAAGUAUAUAUUAUGCUAAAUAACGCCGGCUUCAAACUAACUUAACUAAAAGAGACAAAUGUAUUAUUCAUACAUAUAAUAUGUGCCGUGCACCAUUGACGAUUUUUUUUUUUGGCAUUUUGCUAAUUAAAAUAUUAGGCAAUAAUCACCCCCCUAGGAUACUUAUACUUACGUAUUCGAAUUCUCUUACCUUUUGUAAUAGUAAUAUUGAUUUUUGCGUUUUUGAAAGAUAUAGGUAAUCUAAAUUAACAACAAAACAAUUUAACUGUGGUAAAUCAUCAGCCAUCAAGCGACAAAUCGGACUAAAUAUAUUUUUUUCAAGUUAUUAGUUUUAUUAUUAUCGAGAAAAAAUUCUCUGGAGGGGGGGGGUGGUUAUAACCCUUAAAACUCAUGCGCAUGGAAUAGUUAUCCAAUAUUAUUGUCAUAUAUUAUAUGCAUAUUAAAAUAAAACAAACGUGAAAUUUACUUGAAUUCAUCAGAGAAAAUCGCUGGAUCGUGAUAAAAUAAGAACCGCCCUGUAUGUAGAAGCGGGUUUCCGCAUUUCAGUUUCCGCUACAUAUUAACAUCUCUCUAACAUACCCAAUAACUGUGUUUUUUUUUUUAACAUUUGUUUAUGAGCUCUUCGUCACUAUGCCGUCGAUCGAGUCGAAUCCAAUAAAUCCGGUGAUUAAACAACGACCGCGAUGAGCGUCGUUUCUCACGGAUAACCGGUACAGUUCCUAUAAUUUUCAAAGAUUUCGUAUUGGUACUAGGUAGUCAACAUUCGAAUUUCUGUCGAAAAUCUCUCGUGUUUUUCUCGAAAUAAGGCCCCCGAGGUCGACUUUUAUAGUAUUUACGUUUACCACCACGAUAUUCGUCCGCGGGUCUAUUUUUUUAUGAUUCAGGAAGUCCGACGAUGUGCGGACCAGAUGUUCGAUGAUCAUCGGAAUACAUGUGUCAAUAUUCGUCGUCGGACGCUAUAUCCAUAUCGUAGUAUAAAUUAAAAUUUCAUUUUCUUCUCGAACACUGCGGAGAGAACAUUCGGACAAUCGAUUCGCUUCGGGAUUGACGUAAAAAAGAAAAAUAAACUCUACUAUAAAUUCGAAAAAUCUCUUAUAUAAUAUUCGAAAACAUGCCCGGGUCGUUGUGUCUGGUAAAGAAUUAUUAUAUCUAUGUCCCGUUAAGAUAAAAACUACCGACGUAUAAUAAUAUGUACACCGAAAUAUUUCGAACACUGCAUGAUUUAUUAGGUUUGCUUUUUGUUACAGGACGCGGCCGGCCAAACGUCGAAAAGGCAUCAAAAUCAACCGACCGUGGGCUUUUAUUCUGCAUCGUCCGGAAGCGAUAACAGUCUCGGGAGAGAGAGAUCGCCGACCGUCAGCAGUUAUCCUAAAGGAUCUCCAACAUUGUGGACGGGUGAGUAACCAGCGGAAUACUGCUUUUUGAGGACAGUAUCUUUAUACUUUAGUUUUCAGUUUUUAUUGAUCAAAUUAUACUCGACCUAUACCUACCAUACGUAUGGUUUUUUUAUAAUUUCAAACCUCCACUCCCGGUUACGAUAAGAAGAAAAGUACGAUUGUGUUUCGUGUUUGUAUAUAUUUUAAAACAGACAAAUCGUCACAUAAUUAUUCAUGUUCGCAAAUAUAUAAUACAGCAUAACAUUUUCGAAAUGAUAUAAUAACAGCGCGUUAUAAUUUUGUUUAAAUUAAUUUCUAAUUGAAUAAUAUUUAAAUAUAAAAAAAUCUAAAAGACGAACAAACAACAACAAAUAAUAAUUAUGUGAAUAUUAUAUAUUAAUCAUUAUUCGUGAAUUGCAUUUAUAUAGGAAUAGUUGAUGUAGAGAUAAUAAUUUUCCCCGCACGCAGUAUAAAUCUAAUCGAUUACCUAGUUAAUUAUUAUUAUAUGCUUGAACUAAUAAAAAUAAAAUUACGCGUACUCACCAAAUUUAAAUAUUUAUUAUACCUAUAAGCAAGGCUAGGCAAGUUAAUGAUUAAUAUUAACUCAAUUGUGUUAAGUUAAUUAAAAGUUUUUUAAAUGGUUACUUCUACUAACCCUCACACCUCAAGUGCCAUGAAAUAAGUGAUCUAUAAACUAACCAACGCCCCUUAAAGAGUUAAACAGAUUUAACACAUCAAAAGUUAAUGUUUAUAUCUUUUAACUUAACUAAGUUAAAUAAUUUUUUUUUUUACAAUUAUUAUAGUAGGUUAUAGUUAGAGAUAGGCACAACCGACUAAGUCGAUAGUACUCUGUAACAAAUUUAGUUAACUAACGAGAAAUUUUUAGUUUACUAAUGAAGAAUGACUAAUUUUAAGUCAACUGUCGACUACCCAUUUUUUUUUCUACCACCAAGUACGACUUAUAAUAACCUAACCUAACCUUCCUGUCUGUUUAGUCCAACAAUUUUAUCCACAGAGUACCUACCUAAUAAAAAUUACGUAAGAAAACUCGCAAAAUUAAAAAGUCCAUAAAUAGUUCAAAAAAAGUUCAAAUAUUACCACGCCUAGAAAAAGCAAAUAUAAAUACUCUAGCUGCCACCUACAACAGUGGCUCACUGUUGGCCUACUGUGCAAAGUAUGUGCGUUUUUAAAAGUAUUUUUUUUGAAAUAUAUCAUACUAUCCCUAAACAUCUGUCUCGCCGACUGACGCCACUAUUCACUGCCGUGCCCGGACAACAAGCCACUUUGUGAACAAUAUUCAACUAAUACAGUUAUUGAAGAGAGAUUAGUUAAUUAAUUUACUCAAUUAAUGACUAAUUUAGUUUUUCAGCGAAUAAUACAAUCUGUAUUAUUUGCUGAAAAACGACUAAUAAUUGAUAUUAAUAAAUAGUCAGUUGUGCUUACCACUAUUUAUAGUAUAAUUUAUGUUUUAUUUUAUCAAUAUUCAAUAUUAUAUAAAUCAAAAAAAAAUUUAAUUAACUUUGCAUCUACCCAAUUCAAAUUUAACUCUUUGUUCAUUAAGUUAAUGUAAAACAAAUACAAUGAGUUAAAAGUUAAUUUAAAGUUUAAAUUAACUAUAAGUAUACCUAAUAUAGAAUCUUUUAAUUUAACAAUGUCUUAUCUUUAGAAUUAGUAUGCAUAAUAUAUAAUAUAACAUAUUAUAGUAUGAUAAUAUAUAUCAUAUAUAUUAUAGUACAUAUCUACAGAUAUUUAUUAUUAUGACUUAUUGAUUUUUUGUUUACCAUAAUUUAUUAUUAAUUGCGGUAUACUAUUAAUUAGUAUUGACCUGCAAAGUAACUGACCAGUUACUAAUAAUUGAUAAAUGUCAUAUUUAGUUAUGUCGUCAUUGUGAGUUUUUAUCUCUAAUAUAUGACUGCAGUUUUAUUAUCUGAACGAUUUCCGAGUCACUCCUGACACGUAGAUCUGUUUACGUCACUAUAUAAUACUAAUAUCUAUGAUAUAUCGUUUUUGACGUAAAUAACAUUACGAUUUGAACCGAAUUUCUGAUUAAUCAUCAGCUUUGCAUAAAUCUAUAACAGGCUAGUUUUAUUAUUCAAAUACAAAUAAUAUGUAAACAAGAAUGUUUUAAUGGUUUGUUUGGUUUGUUUUAAUUGUUUUUAAAUUUGUUUUAUGGGUUUUUUUUUUUUUUACCAAAUUUGUAUGUAUGCACCGUAUCGUAUUCAGAACACUAAUGCACGUGCUCACACUCUCUUGAAUUUUUAUUCCCGAUUAAUUAUUUAGGUUACCCAUUUUGCUGUAUUUUAUUUUUUUAAAAACAGUGAAGUAAAAAUAAAAUUUAUUUGAGCUCUUUCCCUGAUUACGUUAUUUUUACAUCAUGUUGACUCUGAUUAUUUAUCAUAAGGAGUAGGCAUUGAUAUUAUUAGUUGGCUCAUGUAUGUAUUAUAGGUAUAAGUAUAAAUAUUUCUAAUCUCAAUAUUGUGAGAGUGUGACAUUGCGGCAAUUUCGAUCAAUUUCAAUUUACGAUUCCAAUAAUUUUAUCUAUAAUAUAUUAACCACGAAGAUAAAUAAAUGGUCUCCGUAAUAUUUAUACAGCUAUUUAUACAGACCUUUCUAGCUAUAUAAUCGUAAUAAAAAAAAACCUCGCGGAGUCGUAUAAAUGUAAAACACACGAAUAUCGAAAUCAAUAUAAUCAAUAGUUGAUGAGUUAAAAUAAAUUUCGAAUCGCCCCGAUCGGACGAGUAUAUAAUAUACACAAAUAAUAAAUUGAUCGUUUCGAAUGGUUUUUUUUUUUUUUUUAUCACCUUCAGGCACUUGCAGCCCAUUGGGAGGUUCGCAAUUUUCGUUGGCGACGCCGAGCACGUGCUGUUGUCAGCAUGCGAUCAACACUUGCUGUAACAACAAAAUGAUGAUGGAGAACAAUAACAAUAUGUGGCAACAAAAUAAUUCGUUCAAGCAUAAUAUGGUGAGGUUUAUUAUUAAGCCACCAUAAAGUAGAAUAUUUAACAAUUCCAUCUUUCCAAUAUAUAAUAACACUAUCUAGUAUUUCGUUUUCCAAAAUUUAAUAUUUUAUCUAAUACAUAUAAUAUAUUUUAUUAUAUACGUCGUACAUAAAAUUACAAAUUAUAAAACAAACUAUAGAUUUAUAGAUUAUUUUUCGAAGACACGUUAUUUAUUUAUUAUUAUUUAUUUUUUAUUGUAAUUUAAUUCAAAAUUAUAUUGAAAAAGCUUAAGCUAUUAUCUAUUUAUGGAGAAUUUUCGAGCGUAACGUUUUCACGAGUUUAUUAUUGCUAUUUUUCAGGGCAAUAAUUCAGGGGGGCCAAAAAAUUCAAACGGAGAGCCGUACGAAGACAGCGAUGGUUUAACGUGGAGGAGGUUGCACAUGAGCAGAGCAAAACUCAAAGCUACGGCCACCACAUCCGAAUUGCUAUCUGGAUUCGCAAUGGUAAUUUUGUAUACCUACCUAAUAAAUAUAAGUAUUUUAUAAUUUAUAAUAAAAUACAUUUAUAAGCAAUUUUAUUCAUUUACACAAAUUAAGUACUCGUUACAUUCACUAUAUAAUCGUAGGAAAUAUUUGAAAUUUUGAUGAAUGAAGACGUGUUGUAUCAUAUUUUAGAGAAUUAUUCGAGUAUUUAACGAUAUCUCGUAGUUCAUGCGUAGGUAUGUAUAUCACUAAAUAUUGAAAUAUGUGUAAAACUAUUAGGUACCUGUCAUAUUUUGUAUUAUUAUUAUUAGCUUUUAUAGUACUUGAAGAACCUACACUGCCUCCAGCUACUUCUAUCAUCUUUGCUAUCAUUUAUUAUUAUAAAUUUGAGAUUAUAGCGGUAUACCUUACACUUAUUAUUGUAAUAAUAUUUUUAAAAAUCGUUUAAACAAUUUUGAACUCAGACUUAGAAGUGUAAAAAAUAACAACAAAAUAAUCACCUUUUUAGACCUAAACAUUAAAGUUAUUAAAAAUAAAUUUGAAUUUUAUGCAUAGAAAACCUACAUAAACAGACGCUAUAAUACCUAAAAAUUCCAACUCGUACACAUAAAAAUUAUCAUAUUUUAGAUCAAUGCUACAUAGACUAUAAAACAUCCCUUUAAAUAAUAAUAAUUACAAUCAUGAAUUAAGUACGAUUAAAAAAAAAUGCCUUAAUUAAAAGAUAUAAUUUAAAAAUGAUUAACAAAAUGUAUACUUUUGUUAUUAUUAUAAUGUUAUAAUAUCAAAAAUAAUAAAAAUAAAACUGUUCUCAGUAAUAAAGCGCUCAGGGUAUUAAAAAUGCUAUUAAAAUGAUAGUUUAAAAUGCUCCAGUUAUGCCGUGCAGUAUAACUUACACAAUACGAAAUUUUUGUCCAUUGGUACUUGAUUUUCAAAUUUUUUUCUUUUAUAUUUAUAUCGACUUUCAAUUUUAUUUAUUUAUUAUCCUUUUCUUCUUUAGAAAUUCUGAUUAUGCAACCGUUUGAGAUAUAUAAAAAUAUUUUUUUAGACAUAUAUUAUAGAUAGAACUGAGUUAGUAGCGGCAGUGUCAAAUAAAUAGUCAAUAAUAUUCAUUUGAAUAAAACGUUUGUAAUUUUCUGAAAACGCGACGAUUUUGUACCGUUAAUAAAUUUGUUUUUUUUUUUUUAUAAUAGUUGUCAAGUAAAUAGGUAUGCACUGCAGUAUGUUCGAUUUACAGCAAUUGGGGAUUUUGCACGUACCGCACUGAUAUUUACGUAAAUUGCAUAUUUUAUGUAACGCGUACCCAUAAUAUUUCGUUAAAUUUCUAUUGUUAUCGAUAUUUCUUCUUUGAUUUUUUUGAAUCGUACAAUUUUACCCCGGAUUUUAUAAUUUCAUUUGCUGCGCCGUGGUUCUGUCGGAAAAAUCGUUCAGACACUAUACUAUAUGAACAAUAUUGUCCGCUUAAUAUACGCUCCGUGUGGGGUUCAGAGAUUAUCAGAGAAAGAAAAAGAAGGUUAGGGAGAGAGAGAGAGAGAAUGUGAGUUUUAAUGGACAGACUAUAUAAACCCUUUUAGCGACACACAUAUUUUAUAUAAAUGUACACCUAAUAUUUUAUUAGGUGCAAGAACGAAGAGUGGUGCUGUACUGGUAAAAUAAAAUUCAUUCGUACAAAACGUCUAAAAUAAUAUUAUAUUAUAUUAUGGCACGUGCAGUAUAUUAUUGUUAUAUUAUUAUAUUGUGUUGCAUUUGCGUCGGGAAGACCACCCGUUUUGUUUUUUUAAUUAAAAUACAUUAUGCACGGCUGAGAAAAAAAGAAGAAAAAGAAAAAAAAUAAUGCGAAAAUUCGUCUGACACUAUAUUAUUAUUACGUACAGGGUGUGUCUGCUGCAGAAUUAGGCGUGUGAAUUUCCGAUGUGGUUGCAUAAUACAGGCAAUUUCGAUACAGUCAGAUACACUCUGUAUUAUUGUAGAAACGAUAAUUCAAUAAAAGACUUGUAACUUAUACGACGACAACGAUGACGUCGUAUCGCCAUCGUCAUUGACCCAUGUGACACGAAACAAUAUCCACAAAAUAAUAUUGUACUUCGGAAAUAUAAUACCGAAAAUAGAGCAUUUAUUUAUUUAUUUUUUUCGAAAAAUACAAUGGGAAGUGUCAAAAGCGAUAAAAAGCGACCACAUAAUAUGUAUAUAUUACAGAGGUUUUAGCUUUUUAUAUUAGGUCGCUUAAGUAUAUAUAAAAAACAUUGGGUCUUUUCGAAAAACGCCCCCCAAAAAAAUGUAUUGAUACGUUAGGUAUACAUAAAUUGUGAUAACCGUAAAACAUCACUCUCACAAUAACUAUACAAAACUACAGGUAUAGUAAAUGUUAAGGUAUUCGUAAUUUCCUGUUUACCGUUUGUCGUUGAACCUAAUCGGUUUAAAUUAAAAUCCAAAUGUGACGCCAUUGGCCAUAUUGAGUCAAAUUCCAAAGGUUAUGAAAAAUAUCUUUUAUGCUAACGGUCAUGUAAAAUAUUUAUUCUUAACGAAUUCCUACGUUUUUUCCCGGUUUUUCCGAUUUUUAUGAAAACCGCUUGCAGGAAAGUCAAAAAUUAACCUUGAAAUACCACUCAAAUAUAAUUCCCUUUAAAAAAAAAACGUGCAGUUUACCCUUGAAAAUUAGAACAAGGUUUCUAGUAAAAAAAUUUGUUCACAGAUAAAAAAAAAAAAAACAAUAAACAUUGCAAAACCAAUACAUUCCUCGGUACGCUCCAAAUCUAAAGUAGCAUAUCGAUGAUUUUUGUUGUGCAUUUCUCGUUUAUUAAUAUGUUAAAGUAAAAUUCAAUGAUUGUUUUUCACUUUGUAUAUUAUUUCACAAAAUAUAAUAUAUCGUUCAAUUUCGCUCCUACAUAAUUGUUCAUCUCUACAAUUUUAACGCAUUAUACACUGAUUGUUCCGCGGUUGAUUCUGCUCCUCCCCCGCAGGUGGCGAUGGUUGAGCUGCAAAUCAACGAGCCGACGAUGGUGCCGGAAUGGCUGUUCAUCAUGUUCGCGGUGUGCACCACCGUGCUGGUGGCCGUACACAUAUUCGCGCUGAUGAUCAGCACGUACCUGUUGCCGAACGUGGACGCCAUUAGCAAGCUGCAGUGCACCAAACUGAUCCAGGAGUCUCCGCACGAGCGCAUGCGCGGAUUCGUCGAGCUGGCAUGGGCGUUCUCCACCGUGCUCGGGCUGUUCUUGUUCCUGGUCGAGGUGGCCAUACUGUGCUGGGUCAAGUUCUGGGACCACUCGGUCCGGGCCGCCAUGGCCGCCACCAUAAUCGUCAUACCGGUGCUGGUCAUAUUCGUGUUCUUCGUGUUUCACUUCUACCGGAACCUGGUCGUGUACAAAUGUAAGUCCACCGUGUCCGACAUCAAGGAGCUAGAAGCCAUGAAGAAGAAACUGGACGACGCCGGCAGUGGCGCUACAAACAUCGUCUGA